AUGGUGAAAAGAGAAACAGUCUUAGCAUCUGGUUUAAAUGAUUCAAAAGGUUAUCGUAGUACUAAUCUAAAUGAUGGUGAUUUCUAUUAUGCUGAAUUAUCAAAAGAUCCUUUUACUAAGCCAAAUGAUUUCAGUGCUCUUGGAGAUCUACCCUAUAAAAUAAGCUUAGAAUAAUAGCUAAAAAAGGAGAUAGAGGUCGUGAAGGUCCUGAAAAACCUAGAAUUGAUAUCCAUGAGAAUGCUCUCAAAGCUUUAGGAGUUAUAAAUUAUAAACAUUUUCGAGAACUAGUGA